AGGGACAUUUGUCUGUCGGACUUUCACGCUGCAUGGUGAGAAACUGACGCAAAUGACGCUGCCCCGUGUACUCGGGGGCGGGGAUUUUUCUCAUGGUCAGAUGUUUGUCAUGACUGUGGAGUUUUCCCAAAUCAGUGCCAGGUUCUUUUCACCUCUGUAUUAAAAGUUUCUUUGCUGCGCACUGACUCGGGGUGUCGGGACGCUUAGCGGCUCCUGGGGCUGGUGUGUAAUUUCCCAGGUUACUGGGUGGGAGCUCGAGCCGGCUCUGCGCUGUGUUGUUAAAAGGGACCCCUGGAUACGGAACCCGGCCCUUGUUCUGCCGACCCCACCUGGCGGAAGGGUUCAGUUACCACAGGAUACGCUGUGGUCACAGGCCGUUUAACCCCCCAGCCAUUGACGGGUCUGACAGCUCCAUGGUGAGCAGCAGCAGGUCCCUCCGAGGCUGCCUGUGGAGGAGGGGGGGUCGAAGACCAAAGCAAACUAUGGGGGAUUCCAUCUUCAUUUUGUCUUCCACCUUGGUUACAGGAAAUUGGUUUUAGCCCCCCAUGACCAAUCAGUUUGGGGACAUUUUCUUUCACUGUAUUUGUAAAUCCCUGUGCUUCCCCGCAUAAUAAUGGGCUGCUGGGAAUUCCCUAGCUCAGCAAUUUAAAUACCCAACAAGGAGCGACUGAUAUUCAGAGCAGGUUUCAGGAGGCCACGCUGCCUGUGCCGGUCCCCCAUUUCCUGACUGCGACUCUCUCUGGGCUCUGUGUCUGCCGGGUCCUGCUGGGCGGCUCCGGGCAAAUCUGAGUCUCUGCGGCGUGUGAUGUGCCCCGGCCUUUGUUCCCCAAUUUUCCUGUUCCUUGUCUGGGGCGCUCAUUGGGGGCUCAUCACAGCAGAGUCACCUGUCACUGCUCAGUUCGGGAGGGACGUCACCCUGAGCUGCCUCUUCCCGUCCCAGCCCGGCAUGAACCUCCAGCACCUGACCCUCACCUGGCAGAAGGAGCAGGUGGGGGCAGAGGCCCUGGUGGUUCAUAGUCACUAUUACGGGAGGGAGCAGCUGGCGAGACAGGACGAGGCUUAUAGGAACCGGACCUGGCUGGAUCCAGAGGGGCUGGCUCGGGGGAACGCGUCCCUGAUGCUGAUGGGUGUCCGCACGCAGGAUGAGGGCGUCUAUCGCUGCCACGUCACCUCGGAGCUGGGCACAACUUCGGAGACGAGGCAGGUUACAGUGAUGGCACCCUACAGUGAGCCUCAUCUGACCCUUGACCUCUCGUUUCGGCUGGGCCACACCCUCUUGACCUUCAGCUCGGGGGGCGGGUACCCCCGGGCGAGCGUGGAGUGGAGGGACGGGACGGGAACCAACCUGACAGAGCUCAGCACUACCACAGAGUCCGUGGACGCCUGGGGCCUUUACACCCUGUGCAGCGAGCUGGCCGUGCCUGUGGGGCGGAGCACCAACCUCACCGUGCUCCUGGUGACAGCGCCCGGGCGGGAGACCCACAUACAGCACAUCACAGUGGCAGGAGGACCAGGGCAGAGAUGGAGCCACGUCUGGCUGCUGGUGGCCUGUCUGGGCGCCGUGACCCUGUCUGUGAUAGUGGCUGCGAGGAUCCUUCACCCUCCCGGCCGUGGGACUUGCAGACGCUGCUCAGAGAGUCGCUUCACCGGGACGAAGGAUGUAGAGGAUCCUUCACCCCAGAGCUCGUUGCUGACCUGGGGCUGGGAUGAAGAUGCUGGUUUGAGUUGGGCCCUGCUUGGGAGCUGGGAGAUGUUGUUGGAGGACGGGGGGCGUAACUAUGAAAUCAAUUCCGUAGGGCGUUGGGGCCAAUCAGUGUCUGCGCUUCUCUUGCAGGGCAAAUCUGAGUCUCUGCGGCGUGUGAUGUGCCCCGGCCUUUGUUCCCCAAUGUUCCUGUUCCUUGUCUGGGGGGCUCACUGGGGGCUUAUCACAGCUGAAUCGCCCGUCACUGCUCAGUUCGGGAGGGAUGUCACCCUGAGCUGCCUCUUCCCGUCCUGGCCCGGGAUGAACCUCCAGCACCUGACCGUCACCUGGCAGAAGGAACAGGUGGGGGCAGAGAACUUGGUGGUUCAUAGUCACUAUUACGGGAAGGAGCAGCUGGAGAGACAGGACGAGGCUUAUAGGAACCGGACCCAGCUGGAUCCAGAGGGGCUGGCCCGGGGGAACGCAUCCCUGACGCUUAUGGGUGUCCGCACCCAGGAUGAGGGCAUCUAUCGCUGCCACGUCACCUCGGAGCUGGGCACAACUUCGGAGACGAGGCAGGUUACAGUUUUGGGUACGGCUCAUUCAACCUGAAGUUUCUCCUAAGGCUCCGUUGCCCUUCGAUAUCCGAUGGGCUGAGGGAGGCUGGGCUGGAAGCUGGUUUAUUUGCAGAUAAUCUCCCACCUCACGCCAGCGGGCAGCAGGACGGGAGAGGUCAGUGCCUGGCACUGUGGGUAUAAUCAGCACUGACACCAGAUGCUGUGACAUAGGUUUACAGGCUCCACCAGCUGCCCAGAGAAGAUAAGGUUGACUCAGAUCCAUGGGGCCACGUAGCCCGUUAGCCCAUUUCCAAGCGUGGCCAGCUGCUGAGAGGCAGAGGCAAGGGUAACUCUAGUGCACAGUGAUAGACGAACGUGGACACGGCAUCUUAGCAUUGAAAUGUGGGGCUGGAAGGGACCUCGAGAGGUCUCCUGUCAGGAGCAGAGAUUCAAAGAUCUCCAACCUACAGCUGAUUCCCCAAAGCAGAAGGGUUUGCAGCCCUCGACCAUGACUCUGGAUUAUCUGCUCCAUAGCAAUGUCCAAUCGUUUCUUCAAUCUUUCUGUGCUCCUGGCCUCAGUGAUAUCUGUGGGAAGGAGUUCCAUGGGUUAGGCUUGUAUUGUGGUGGGAGAAGUAUUGCCUAGAAUCAGCCUUUACUGCUUUACCAACUCCAUUUAGGGGUCUGGGGCUCAAAGCAAUGUGCCAUAGAGGGCUGAAGGAUGGCAGAGAUUGGUAGUUAUCCACAGAUUCGGAAAUGUGUCCUUCCAGGCUGGCCACCGGCACUCCAGACUGUACAGUUCAGACUGGAGUGGGGGGUAGAAAUAGAGGCAUAAAAUUGGGUUCUGUCUCUUAAGCAAAGUAAGCUGUCAUGCGAUAAAAGGGAAGGUUCUCUGAUGGAUUGGUAACUGGUUACAAGACAAGUAUCAGAGGGGUAGCCAUGUUAGUCUGUUUC